AUGAGAUGGAUCUCAUAUGAUUCCACCUAUCCAUUAUCUGAUCCAGUACUUGAUCGAUUUUGUUUACAAAUCUUAGCUAAAAUUCACUGUAAUAUCAAAUGGCUUAAUCUUGAAUCAUCAUCUAUGAAACGUAUUCUUCUUGCUACAAAUUAUCCGAUUUUAUAUGGACUUGGUUUAUACAAUAUUGACGUAGAAACAGCUUUAUCUCUCUUUACUGUAACAAGUAAUUUUCUCGGUGGAUUAUUUAAAUGUGUUCGUGAAAUAACAUUAGAGGAUGAACAUCCUUUUGAACAUGAAUUUUUUCUUCGAAUUGCUCAAUCAUUUCCAUUUAUUAAAGUAUUGUCUAUAAGAAAUUCCGAACCACAAAAUAAUAAAUUAUGCAAAGAAUCAAAGAAUGACAAUGAAAAUUUUUCGAUUAUUAAAUAUCCAGAUCUUACUAAUAUCACAUUUUACUAUGCUCAUGAUGAUUAUAUUGAAGAAUUUCUAAUUCAUACGAAAAUAUGUUUACCGGAUAAUGCCGUUCAUCUUAACAUUCAUCUUGAACAACUGAAAAGAGUGACAUACAAUUUUACAAGAGAUGCAACACGAAUCAAUUGUGUAAAACUCCGUUAUUUAUGUCUCAAUGGUCGUCGACUUCCUGAAUAUGCAAAAGACUAUUUUCCAAAUGUAUAA